UUUUUUGAUUUCUUAUCAGUUAUUAUUCAUUUUUUAUUUCAAAAAUUUUGCAUUUUGAAUUUAAAUUUAGAUUUUCAGACGCCACAUACCGAAUAAUUGUACAUUUUGUGCGAUAUGGAGAACUUUAAAAGGAUACUCGAAGAGGAAGCAAACGACAGCUCGCAAGAAUUAGAUAAUACUAGUUUUUCCACUCUACUCAACGACAUAGGAAUUCGUGCCAAUUACUUGACAUCUUUCAAAAAUAUCCGAACCGAUUGCAAAAACCUUCAUCAAGAGUACAAUGUGUUACAACAAAAAUACGACGAACUGAAAUCGCAAGAGACUGACUUACUGUUCCAACGUAAUGAUUUACUAUCGCUGCUAGAAGAGAAAAAAUCCCUAUGUGAAAUAGAAAUAGCCAAGAAACGUUUAAAUGCUCUGAAAAGGUUAACGAAAUUGAAAUGGCUCAAGUCUUCGAAUCGUAUCGAAGGAUUCAUUUUCAACGAAAACAACGGAUAUUUGGAAAAUUUCAGUUACGAGAAUACAGAUCCUUCAAUCAUGACCAAAGUAAGACGUGGAAUGCAUCAAGCAUUGGAUUACACUUUUCAUAAUCAUUCUGUGUUUUAAAUUGUUUCUAAUUUUUUACUCUCUGUUCUCGAGUGUGUAUCUUAUAUGUAUACUAAACCGGUGCGAAUUUAUUCUUCGUAUUAUUCUAUAAGAUUAGGUUAUUCUAAUUUUUUUUUUACUCAAUUUAUGUACUUCUGUUUUAUCCGAAAGUUUCACCGGUACCUACCUCUGUACUCAAUUCGUAUGUUUUAUGUUACCUAAUAAUGAAAUUAUUGGAUGUCAAAGACGUACUUGAAUCAUUGCAUCAAUUACUUUAAUAGUUUUUAUCGCAGAAAAUAAAUAUUCUGCGCUCUCUUA